AUGCCCCGUUUCUGCCUUAAAACAGUAAAUUUCACGGCGUCCCCGUCCCACCCUAGACCGAGGGUUUUUUUUUCCCGGUCUCCUUUGCCAGGGCCAUCCCCGGAGCCAGUCAGCAAUACCUCCGGAGCCAGUCUGCACGGGCCGCCCAAAAUGGCCACCUCCCAACAUACGACAGAGUCUGAGAGAAGUGGGGGACCUCUGAGAGAAGUGGAAGAUCUGGCAGACAUCCUGAGGGCAUUUGACCUAAUUUGUGCCCAAUUUUGGGCAAAGAUUGAGCAGCGACAAAGCCCUGCUACUCAUAGUGGUGGCCUUCAAUAUCCCCAGCCGGUUUACACACUCCAGUCACAACCAGCGGAGCGACCGCAACUUCCAGACCAGGAUUCCCUUGGGCAGGAAGCUGGAUCAGUGACUACUGGACAGCGGCAUCUUCCUGCUCUUAUACUUACCAAUUGGGAAGAUCGCACUGGCAAAUUGCUGAAGCACUGUGUACAGAGGACUUACCUGGGCUUGUCUUAUGGCCAGCUCCUGCAAAGUCAGAACUGGAUCUGGGAGGGUGGGCCUCAACUCAAUGUUUCCUAUAUUGUUGCCUCCUGA